UAACCAAAGUGCAAACAAAAUUAAAGAUUGGGACAUUUGUUGCUAUUUGCUCUUUCUAUUGAAAUCGAACAAUUUGUUGGAAAAUUUUAGCUUCUCUCUCAACCUUCCCUGCCUAUGCAUACAUUUUCUUGUAUAUGUAUACCCAGAUCCACAUAGGAGCAGCUUUCCCUAGUACUAAUAUUGUAUUUGCAAGUACUACCAGAAUCUCGAAAUCCCCGAAAAUGGCGACGUCCUAUUCGGCAUACCAAAAACUCCUUAGCGUCGGAACUAAAAUCGUCGCCGUUGGCCGCAACUACGCCGCCCACGCCAAAGAACUCGGCAACGCCGUCCCCAAAGAGCCGGUGUUGUUUAUGAAGCCAACGACAUCGUAUUUGGAGAACGGAGGCAAAAUUGAGGUGCCCGAGCCACUGGAGGCACUGGAUCACGAGGUGGAGCUGGCAGUAGUCAUUGGUCGACGGGCUCGUGACGUGCCGGAAGCCACCGCCAUGGACUAUAUUGGAGGUUAUGCUCUUGCCUUGGAUAUGACAGCGAGGGAAAUCCAAUCUACUGCUAAGUCUGCAGGUCUUCCAUGGACUGUAGCAAAAGGCCAAGACACCUUCACUCCAAUCAGCUCUGUUAUACCUACAGCGAUGUUGCCAAACCCUCAUGACGUAGAGUUGUGGUUGAAGGUUGAUGGAGAAACCCGGCAGAAAGGAUCAACAAAAGAUAUGAUAUUUAAUAUUCCAUAUUUGAUUAGCCACAUAAGUUCUAUCAUGACACUUCUUGAGGGAGACGUUAUUCUAACAGGCACUCCUCAAGGAGUUGGUCCAGUUAAGAUCGGUCAAAAAAUAGAUGCUGGAAUCACUGGCCUGUUGGACGUGCAGUUUGAUGUUGAAAGACGCCGUAGAGUGAAGCAUUAAGUGACUUUUACUCUUAGCACAGCAUUGAAGGUUGCUUACUGGAAAUGAUGUAACAUUUCUUGUUUCAUUUAUAUCUCGUCUUGAAUUACCAGCUUGAAAAUAAUGAAGCCUGUUCAAAAGCUCUAGAACUGAUUUCGUUACAACAUGAAACAAUCUGUUUACCAUAUAACUAAGACAAAAUUUGGAUUUUCAUGUGAUUUUGGAAUAAUAGUAGGGUAACAUUUGUGGGUUGUCCA